UAUAGGCUCUUCUUCAAGCAUCACAUCAUCAUCUUCCUACCUAUAAAACCAAGUCUUCAAUCCCUUCCCACAACAAUCAACAACACAAAUAGUUUUCAAUCUUUUCAAAAAAAGCCAUGGGAAGAGCUCCAUGCUGCGACAAAGCGAACGUGAAGAAGGGGCCGUGGUCGCCUGAGGAAGACGCGAAGCUCAAAGCCUACAUCGAGAAAUAUGGCACCGGUGGAAACUGGAUCGCCCUUCCUCAGAAAAUCGGGCUGAAGAGAUGUGGGAAGAGCUGCAGGUUGAGAUGGCUGAAUUACUUGAGGCCUAACAUCAAACACGGCGGAUUCACCGAGGAAGAAGACAACAUCAUCUGCAGCCUCUAUAUCAGCAUCGGAAGCAGAUGGUCCAUAAUUGCUGCACAGCUCCCGGGAAGAACAGACAACGACAUCAAGAACUACUGGAACACGAGGCUGAAGAAAAAACUACUAGGGCGGCGCAAGCAAUCGAACAAGAGGCAGGAAACGAAAGACGCAAAUGAAGACGACAGCUUGCAGAAUCUAAGCAAUUCAGCCAUGGAAAGGCUCCAGCUUCACAUGCAGCUUCAAAACCCUUUCUCCCUCUUCAACAAUCCAUCCCUCUGGCCUAAGAUGAAUCCUCACAAUCACAAUCAAGAUCAAGAUGCCAUAGUCGCCGCUGAUCAAAGUUAUAUUCCUUUGAAAGGCGAUGAGGUUCAUGAGAUUAGUUGUGUCAAUGGCUUCUCGUCUUCGGAGAGCUCGUUCGCCUUGAACGGGGAAGGAAGUAGUGUUGUUGAGAAUAAUGGGGGGAUGCAUAUGAGUGCAUCAGGGUUUACUCAUGCUGAACUCGAGGAUCUUCUGAACGAUGGAUCGUCGAGUUUUCUUGGGGAGGAGGGGGACGGGUCGAAGGGGAAUCAAGCGUGGUGGCCGAAUGAGUUCGACGCGGCCGGAUUCAACGCGUGGGGUUCGACGAGUUUGGUUCAUGAUCAAGAUUAUUCCGCCAUUGGCUAUAAUAUGCAUUAGUGUACUAAUAAUAUAUGAGAGCAUAUGUAGGAGUUUUAUUAUCAUUUGUUAUUGUUAUAUUGUCAUAAACGAUUGAGGGAGAAGUGGGAAGGAGAUGAUAGAUCAUGUUGUAAAGUGGGUUAAUAAUAAUGUUGUGUUCAUUUUGUCAUCGGAAAUUUAUAUUUCAUUUUGAUUUUGAAA